GGGUAGAGGCGGUGCGACUGUCAAUUGUGUUGCCUGUUCUCGUCAAAAGUCGGCUGUUGUUGCUGUUGGGCAGAACCGAGACGAGCACCGAGGCUGGGUUCAGAGCAACGCGCCCCGCGCGGACACAUGGACGGACCCGCUCUCGACGCAAGCCGCAGCGGAAGUUAGCUCCUUUCUGCACUUUGACAUCGGAGUGUUUUGGGGGGAGAAGAGGAGUAACAUCAGGGUGGUUUUUGGGUAGCCGUGUUGUAGCCAACGCUGGAUUGUUUUCAAACAUUUCCCCCCCCCCCCCACCAACAUCACGUCGCGUAGGCGAGAUCAUUUCACGCACUGGAGCUUUACACGUUUUAAUGAUUCAUAAACUGUCAUCGCCGCCUCGAGAACAAGCAAGCAAGAAAGCAAGACAGGGUCUGGUGAAGACUUGUUGCGCGCAUCCGGGGAGCGCACCAGUAGUGCCCAGUUUUCAUCCAAGUCGCCUCUGCACCGGUGUGCGCGUGAUGCUCUGAUUUCAGCAGGACUCUGAUGAGUGGAGCAGGAGUGAACUGAAGUCACCACGGCUCGCUGAUCGGUCACUAUGAGAAUCUGUUCGUAAUUAACGACAUUGGAGAGAUUAGUUUCCUCCAGUCUGUCUGAGAGGCUGCUGCUUUAGGAAAACCCCUUCCUCCUUUAACAAAUGGCAUCCACGUGCAGCCAAGUCAAACUUUAUUCGGGUCAGAUCCGACGACUUGAUUAAUUCUUCUCACCCAGUGCUUUAUAAAUCGAGCCCUACCUUUUUUUGCCUUUACCCGUCGACAUGUCUGAGCGCGAUGGAGACGGGCUGUGCAGCGACGGGGCGCCGGAGUUCGUCCCGCCGAGAGCGUCCCGCGGCCGGCGGAGCGGGGUCACCCUCCCCGGUGGCGGCCAGGACACCGACACCAUUCUCCUGGAUUCGGUGAAGGCAGCACCUCGCCGGAGCAGCAUCAUCAAGGAUCCCUCAGUGCAGAAGGUGGGCGGGGGCAGGAAGAAGACCGUGUCCUUCAGCAGCAUGCCCUCUGAGAAAAAGGUGAGCAGUGCGGCGGACUGUCUGGCGUUCAUGCAGGGCGGCUGCGAGCUGAAGAAGAUCCGUCCCAAUUCCAGAGUUUACUGUCGCUUCUUCACGCUGGAGCCCGACCUCAGCUGCUUACGCUGGGAGCCGUCCAAGAAGGACGCGGACCGGGCCCGGCUGGACGUCUGCAGCAUCAGAGAGGUCCGCACGGGGAAGAGCACCGAGACGUUCCUUCACAACGGCCCUCUCUCCGAGCACCUGGCCGAGGAAGCGGCCUUCUCCGUCCUACACGGAGACGACUACCAGUCUCUGGACUUGGUGGCUUUGUCGGCAGACGUGGCCAACAUCUGGGUGACGGGCCUUCGCUACCUGCUGGCCCACCCGUCAGUCAUCGGGGGUGCCGGGGGAGGAGGGGGAGGGGGAGUGGGGGGGCUGGUGGAAGGAGGGGGCGUGGCAGUAGACGGCACCCUGGGAGAGAAGAUGAGGGGUGAGUGGCUGGCAGCCGAGUUCGCCCAGGUGGACGAAGACGGCUACGGCAUCGUGUCAGAGGACGUGGCCGUCGCCACUAUCUGUAAACUCUGCCCCGGGAUCAAGGAAGCCAAGGUGCGUCUACGUUUUAAGGAGAUCCAGCGCAGCAAGGAGAAGCUGACCUCCCACGUGACCCGCGAGGAGUUCCACGAGGCCUUCUGCGAGCUCUGCACCCGGCCCGACGUCUACUUCCUGUUGGUGCAGCUGUCCAAGGACCGCGAGUGUCUGGACCCUCAGGACCUGCGCCUCUUCCUGGAGACGGAACAGGGUUUGUCCCUGGCGACCACCGAGGGCUGCUGGGAGAUCCUGAGGCGCUACGAGCCCUCAGCCCAGGGCAGGGAGAGGGGGCUGCUGGGUCUGGAUGGAUUCGCCCGCUACCUGCAGUCCCCGGAGUGCCAGCUGCUGGACCCGGAGCACCUGGGGGUCUGUCAGGACAUGAACAUGCCUCUGUCCCACUACUACAUCAGCACCUCGUACCGCUCCUACCUGCUGGAGGACCAGGUCCACGGCCGCGCGGACCUCGGAGGCUUGAUCAAGGCUCUGCAGUCGGGCUGUCGGUGCGUGGAGCUGGGAGUGACUGACGGCCCAGAGGGGGAGCCUCUCCUCGGGGUCGACUACGGGCCGGACAUCCCCCGCCACCACCACCACCACCACCACCACCAGCACCACCACCACCAUACACCUGUCACCAUCCGCUCUGCUCUGGAGGUGGUCAAUAAGUACGCCUUCCUGACCUCUCAGUACCCGCUCCUGCUGUACCUGUGUCAGCGUUGCUCUCCAGGCCAGCAGCGCACCCUGGCACAGCACCUGAAGAAAGUGUUUGGGGCCCGUCUCUACACCCCAGAGGCGCUCCCUUUCAGCCUUGGAGGGCGUGCAACAACCCUACCCUCCCCCGAGCAGCUGAAAGGACGCGUCCUGUUAGUGGGGAAGAAGCUCUCACCGGAGCAGGACGGCUCCGACGGGGAGAUAUCGGAGGAGGAUGAGGAGAUAGGGGGAGGCGGGCCUCUGGCGGGGAGGCGAAUGACCAUCCCUGGCGAGGAAGAACUGGGCGUGGUCUUGGUGGUGCCUCCACCCUCACAACCCAGGAAGCUGCGCCUCCACAAGGAGCUGUCGGACUUGGUGGCGAUCGCUCGCACGGGCAGCCGCAGCUUCUACGCGCAGCGAGCCAGCCACAGGCAGGCCCAGCAGCACUCGCCGCCCAGCAGCCCCUCCUCUCCCAGCACGCCGAUGCCUCCCGAGACGCCCUAUUGGACGCUGUGCUCGCUGGGCGAGGGAGAGGCCGGCCGGCUGACCACUGAGAGCCCAGAGGACCUGGUGAUGUUCACCAAGCGCACCCUGACCAGGGUACGGCCCAGUUCGGUGCGCCUGGACUCCAGUAACCCCAACCCACAGGGAUACUGGAAAGGAGGGGUCCAGCUGGUGGCUUUGAACCAGCAGACCCCCGGCGCCAUGCUGGACCUUCACAGAGGCCGCUUCUCACAGAACGGGGGGUGCGGUUACGUUCUCCGACCGGCUGUGAUGAGGGACGAGGUGUCGUACUUCAGCGCUCAUACGCAGGGCUGCGUGCCAGGAGUGCCGGCACAGACUCUACGGAUCAAGGUGAUCAGUGCCCAUAACCUGCCCAAGCCUCUGGGAUCAGGCUCUAAGGGAGAGGUCAUCGACCCGUACGUGGUCCUGGAGCUGCAUGGCGUUCCAGCAGACUGCGCUGAGCAGCGGACCCGCACUGCUGCUCAGAACCAGGACGACCCCUUGUUUGAUGAGACCUUUGAGUUCCAGGUAAACAUGCCGGAGCUGGCCUUGCUGCGCUUUGUGGUGUUAGACGACGACUACAUCGGAGACGAUUUCAUCGGCCAGUACAGCGUGGCCUUCGAGUGCCUUCAGCCCGGCUACCGCAACGUGCCCCUGCUAGGCAUUGCGGGAGACCCCUUACCCCACACCAGCCUGUUUGUCCACGUGGCGGUCACCAACCGGCGAGGAGGCGGGAAGGCCCAGCGGCGAGGCCUAUCGGUGAGGAGGGUGGGGAGGCGAGGGCGGGAGUACGUCACGCUGAGGCACACCGGCAUCAAGGUGGUGGACGAGUCCUUCAAACUGGCGACUGCGCCCCUCAAAGAGGCUACGGACCUGCGGGAGGAGGCUCAGAGCACCACCGCCAGCUUCAAAGAACAGUGUGGGCUCCCCCCGGUGGCCAAACUGAAGCAGUGCAUCCAGAGCCUGACAACAAGGCUGCAGAGCCCCGAGGGCACCAUGGGGGCCAGCAUGGUCCUGAAGGAGGGAUACCCAUGCCUGGAGCCUCUGGUCAACCUCUCAGAGCCGACUCGCAAACUGCUCUCAGCCUAUGACACGAUGAUUGCGGCCCAGAAACAGCUGAUCGAGAACGCAGACGGUGUUCAGGAGAGGAUCGGCCACGUGCAGAGAGAAGGAAUGGACUACCACGAGGAACUGUCCCGGCUUGGGGAGAAGGAGGGACUGAAGGGACGCAAGCUGAGCAAAGCUGUGGAGAGUUUCACCUGGAACAUCACUGUGCUCAAGGGUCAGAGCGAUCUGUUACGCGGAGCUAAGAUGGAUUCCCUGGAUGCCCUGAGGCAGCUGGCUCUGGCCUGCGAAGCCUGCGGACUUACCUCCUCCAACUCUUCGGCCUCCACCUUCUCCACAGCCGAGCUGCACUACUCCUCCCACCCUCUGUCCGGCCGCCGAAGCAGCACACACGGCAACGGACGCAUCUAAAACCAGCCCCCCCACCCACCCUGGAUCCAGCGCGCUGCCAAAGAUGCAAAGGGAGUGGGCCGGGUAAUUACAAAGUGGUAACACAGAGGAGGACAUGUGAGUUCAGUGUGUGUCUAGACUAGCCUAGACCAGAGCAGUGUAUCUGUUGAAGCCUUAUGGUCACGUAAUCACUGAAGGUCCGGCCUGCCAAAAGGCUUUUCAUGAGAAAGACUCUCCGCACGGGUUUUUGACUUUUGACGGCUCCUGCUUGUUUUGCUGUGAGAAAAGAAAUGUGUCAUUCAACCUUCACCUUUGUAACUUUGCUGGUUUUCCUCAUUAACAGACCCAUAUACCAAUGUACCCAAUAACUCACAGACACCUGAAUAAUGUGUGACAACCUGAUUGUGUGGUGCAGAAUGGAGGAGAUGUCGAGCUGAAGGGACAAGUUAUUCUCAGCCCCAGCGUUUCAGCUUGUCCCCUGGGAAGGCAACAACUUUACGUGUGUGUGUGUGUGUGUGUGUUUACACUGUUGCAAUUGGUGGAAGGUGCUUUAAGAGAUUGAUUGACAGGAUGUGUCCCAUAAAAAAACACAUGCACACAAGCACCGAGCAACUAAAGGUGUAGACAAGGCUAAUUUGAUUUAGGAUUAGAUCACACAAAGUAGGUCGAACAUCAACAGGAAGCAUUCUCUUUACCUGAUCAGCUUAACGCACCCCUUUGUCUGCCGGCUGGCCAAAUCUAUUGAAAAACUUUAAUUUCUCAAUGAAUUUCAGAUGAAAAAUGGAGCUUGUCUAAAGUAGCAACGGUUAUGAUUGAGGUUUGGGAGUUUGGAGGGGUGGAAGGUCUCAUUCUGAUCCAUCUAUCUGAUUUAUCUGAUUUACUGCAUCAGUUCUUUCCAGACUUCAAUCUCAAAAGAUUGAAGCAAAAGCUGAGCUCUGAAGCUCUUGUCGGGUCUGUUUGAAGGCCUGAAAUAGCUGCACAGUUCAGUUGAUGUACGCAAAACACCCAUCAGCCAAAUUGUUAAUUGACAGAAUCUGAGGAUCUCUAAGAUUUACCUAUGUUUUUGUGUCCAAGUGACUAAAGGGUACCAAAAUCUUUAAAGUUCUAUAAAGUGCAGUUUUCUCCACUGGCAGAUUCAAAUUGUCAUUCUAAGUGACUGAUUAUGGAAAAGAUCCCUACAGAGAUAGACCUUAAAAAAAAAAAAAAAAGCUUUUUAACUUUUUAAACCAGAAACUGCUCAGGGAUAGUUAUUGCCAAACCUACCAGACUCCAUUUAAAUAAACAACAGUUUUAGCGUGUAUAGAGAAAACAUAAUUUCAUAAUUAAAUCAGUAAAAUCAUGUGUUUAUUUAACCAACCAAUCAGGUGAUUGUUGGGAAAGUGUAAAGAUGAACCAACACGACUUUUCAGAGUUUCACUUUGUCUGUCCACUUUGAAUGAAGUGUGUUUUACAAUGAUAAAAUCACUGUUUAUUGACAUGGAGUCUGGUGGGUUUAAAUUGUCGUUCCCAUCAAUCACGUAGAAACAAAACACACAAAAAUUGGGUCUAGGUUGAAAAGAAAAGACAAAGUUACCCUUUAACUAGAGUACACAAAGAUCCCCUUGCAACUCUGAGAACACACACAUGCUUUCUCAUCCAACUGCUACAUUCAUGUAUUGUGUGAAAUAACCAACACACACACACACACACACACACACACACACACACACACACACACGGGCUCUUGUUAUCUCAACCUGAUGGCCUUUGAGCUUGUCAUGUCCACCUGGGCAAGGGGGACGGCUGGAACACGAAGGGAAGCCGUGUCCUGGAGAAGAGACCCAGUAAUUGGAGGUCUUGUGGAUGUGUGUUGAUACUGUAGAACUACACACACAUGUGUGGGUCACAUGACCUCCUCACGAUGCCGACGUGUUGGGUCAGAGUCUGUACAUGUGUGUUUGUGUGUAAAACAGAAUCCUGCAGCGUUGAUGAAGUACAUUGUAUUGAUGUAGCAAUAAUUAUAAUAAUAAUAAUAAUAAUGGUUAGUUAGAAGAAAGUUAAUGAGGUUGUUUAACUCAAUGUGUACUGACUGAAGUAUUGAAAACAAUAUAACUAACUUUAUAGCUCAGUGAUGCUUAUACAUGUGUGUGAAAACAGCGAUGGUGUCCAGCAGGUGCUACUGACCGUGGCUCGUAGUUGUGCUUUUCCAGACCAGUGAUGGCGUUCCUCUCGGCCUUUGAGCGUAACUGUGUGUUUCUUUACUAACGCAGGAAGACGUCCGAUACGUGUUCUUUUUACUCCGCUUUUGUACUCUUGUAUUCGUCACUCUGCGCAAUGCUGCGUUUGGACCAAACUUGACAAAAGUGAUGCUGAGAUAAGACAACACACAGGACUAAAGCUAAGAUUAGAUUAUAUUCUAUUCUCUGGCCAACCAAAUCCCAUCGCCAAUAUUGGUGAUUUUCAGCUUUUGUUAUAUUUGCACAUGUUUAAAAACCAUCAUUCGGCUUCAACAAGGGUAAUUUUUCUUAGUUCCCAAGAAAUUGUGGGUGAUUUGCUGAUGAAAGGUUUCUAAAGAUUGACGUCUAGGGCUGUCCGUGACCGUGAGUAAGGAGAUUCUUGGUCGAUAAACACUCCUAUGGUUGCGAUACGUUUAAUUUAUUGGACAGAUCUGAAAAAAGAGUUUCUCCACAAAGAAUCAUGCAGCCACCACCACUUUAAAUCUUCUGUUUACCAGAGAUGUCCUCAUAGGUCUCUUGGAAAUAAGUCAUUAAGCACGAAAUAGCAACAAAAAAAUAAAUAGUAGGCUAAUUGAAUAAAGUAAUCGAAUUAGUCACCUAAUCGACUAAAAGAAAAACGGCAGCCGUCUUGAUGUCAUGUCAAAAGUACAAGUAGGACAGGUGUGUUUGGAAAGGUUCAAUGCAAUUUAUAGUAUUCAUAAUCUAGAAUAUUUUGAACAAAGCAGGUGUGAGGCUGCAACAAUGGGCAGAUUUUGAAAAGAAGACAUUUUCAAUGUUUAUUCUGCCGUUUGAGGGCGGCGAGGAUCACGGACCCUGGGCCCUUCUUUAAGUUCAGGUGUAGGACUACGGUAUGUUCUCAAUGGCAUCCCACACAUUUGUACAUUGUUUCGCUGCCUUUCAUUUAUCUCCACCUACUUUUUUUUUUUUUUUUUAAAUACCAUUUAGCUCUUUCAUACCACUUUUUUCCCAUCCUGCUCCUACUGCUCCAGCGGAGGCUGAAGGUGAGGGGGGGGGGGGAUGUACUGAGUCAUUGCCACAGGAUGAGGUUGACCUAAUAACAUUUCCAUGCGUUCCAAGGGUUUUUUCAAGUGUUUUUGUGUGUGUGUGUGUUUGGGAGAAGGCAUACGUUUCUAAAAGUAGAUGACAUAUAUUGAAGAGAGAGCAAAGGUUGAAGGGAAGAAGAAGAAGAAGAAUAAACGACUGUUUAUUGGAUAUUGGAUUCACUUUUGGCUGCCUGUGUGGAUGCCUGGGCACACCUGCAGAGCUUCAUAAUUGGCUGUGAGCUAUAGACGGAGUGACAGCACCUGCUGCUUUUGCUCUAUUUAUAACCUUCUGACUCCCUGGAGGCCUCUGGAUGUGCUGGUGUGCUAAUGUCUGUCAUGAUACCGUAGUGCCCUAAUUCCUGGCCUGAUUGUACAAACUGGUUCUCCUACAUACACAGUCACUGCCAGACUAUUUGCCAUGUUUCCUCUUACAAACCUGACUGAAUUGGAAAGCAGCUUUCGGAGCAAUUUCCCACAUCUCCACUGCCCCUGAGCUCAAGUAUAUGAAAACUACAAUUUUCAUAGGACCUCUCUGAGAUCUGCACACCUGCAGGGAGGAUCUAUCUGCAUUGAUGACGCAUCAGCUUCAGCAAAACAAACCACAGUAUUAGUUUUCUGUGUUCCACUUCACAUACAUACAGACACAGGUUAACUAAAGGUUAAAGGGGGACAGGUUACAGCAAUAGUUAAUAAGUUAAAACUCAGUCUAAUAAUUCGGUACUUUGGUAUUAACAAAGAAGAUUUAUGGUAGACCGUGCAGCUGCUACCGCUGCAUGAAAAGCUUCAUGUAAUAACUGAGACAAAUGGCAGAUUGGUAUUUCAGGAAGAUAUGACGCCUGACACAAAUUUGUAGCUGGGCGAUACUGAACGAGCAUAUCUGUAUUUUUGGAAUAACUUAACCUACUUACUUCAAAUAAUUUACAACUGUAUUUGGAGGAGAUUGAAAGUGCUUUUAUACCUUCCAGGCAGCUAUUGGUUGCAGGUGAUGUCAGUAAAGUCAGCAUUCUCAAAGUCAAUCCUUGUCAGCAAACGUCACACCCAGGGUUAUUUUUGUUAAAAUAUCAUAUUGUGGUGAUGACAAGACACUGCCAAACUGACAACAUCUGUCUCACAAGGUACUUUUUUUCUAGAUUUCUAACAAUAGAGCUUGUCAAUGCAACUCUGUCUGAGCUUCAGCAGCUCAUGAUUUCCCACCUGUGACAGCAGAUUUUUUUCAAAUGAAUCCAUCUUCAUCGAUGCAUUAACACACAAUGAUGUCUCUUUUCAUGACAAUGAAACCAAGCGUGACGUUCUCAAGCGAGUUUCAAGUCCCUGAAGAUUGCAAAGUUUUGCAAAACAGUCAACAGUAAAGUCUUACAUUGCCAAACGCUCUGUCUUUUUUGUAUUCCUUUAAACCGAUCCCGUCUGUCCUGGGUGGCGCUGAGCCCCGGAUGCAGCUACAGUGCCGUUGCCAAAUAGAUAGCAGAGGUAGCAAAAAGGGGCGGGACAUUCGUUGGGCCAGACUAGCAAUAGGGAAAAGCAUACAGAAAUUGUUGUAAAUUAAGUUAACUUGCACAAACACCAGUAUUAAACACUCAAAAAUAAGGUUUUACUGUGUAGUUUACAUUGCAACUAAUUUGCAAACCUAAAUAGAAUCUGCAGAUUAUUAUUAUUUUAAUUUUUUUUACAGUUUUCAUCCAGAAUGAAAAUCUGUGGGCUUUUAUCCGCUUGGUGGAGAUGUUUUAGCAUUCCGAGUUUAAUCCUUAAUUUGUUUCAAAUCUGUUGAAUAUCUUCGGAAAAUACGGCAGAGUUCUGCAUCUGCAGAUUCCGCGUGGCCCCGCUCAUCUGCAACCCAAUGCUGCUCCCUCCUUAACUUACCUUUAAAGUGGAACGGAUCCAUGUUAAGCUCUGUCUUGUUGUACUAUACAGUUUGUAGGUCUGAAGGAUGCUAAAGAGCAGGGGGUUGCACGAGGUUGCAUUGUGUGGGUUUUACCCGAGUGUCUUAACCCAGAGCUAGCUCUCUCUGUGCUCUCCAGUGUGUGAUGCUACCUAUCUUUGCAGACCAGUGGUCAAAUAGUACUUAACAUUCAUUUAAAUAAUUGAAAGAGUUGUUUAUACCUGCCAUAGUGAUGUGGACAAAGUUGUGUAAGACACUUGGAAAUGUGUAAAGGUAUUAAUCUUGGGUUCAGUGUGUGUGUUGGCCUGUGUCUACUCUGCUGACCUUUAAUCCAGUGUUGUUCCUCGUUCUUACAGUCACUGUACGUUUUUGUAAAAUAGAAGA